CCGCAUACGUAUGCAAUGGCCUCUUCCCAAGAAGAUCAGCCAUCCACGUCGAAAUGUGCCAAGAAACCUCGGGCAUUCCAAAGCCAGGCGAGAGAAAUCGUGUUCAGUGUCCACAGUUUUCUCAGUGAGCAGAAAAGACGGUACAGUUUGGAAUACAACAUUACCAGAUCGGUAGCAGAGGCCACGGGCGUGUCGAAGGCGACCGUGGAGAGGAUUGUCAAAGCGGGAAGAAUGUCAUCCGCGAAUGGAGAAACUCAGCCAAGCUUCGCGACACCCAAGAAGAAACAUGGCGGCCAGAAUAGAGUUACAGGGGGCAAUUUGAGGAAACAAAGCAGGCAACGAAUAAGCCAAGGAUGUUCCGAUGAGAAGCAAGAAGACGGCCAGUGGUACUUGGACGACUUUAGAACGGAUUUGAAGAAUCUGGGCCCCGAGGAAGCAGCCAAGUGUCGUCCAUCGAACCUCUCGAUAGACGUAUGGAGAUUGAUGGAGAAGGCGAAGAAGAGCGACGGUGACGGCGAUCGUUCGGACGAGAACAGUCAGGAAGGUAGCGAGAGUUCUGUGAGUCUGCAGGCCAUCCUGGACAAACUGCCUACCUCCACGCCGGAUCCGUUGGUCGACGAAAUCAAAGCCGAGCCAGAAAGCGACGAUUCUCACACGGAAGAGGAGUGUAGUCAAGGAAAGCCCGUCAGAGAGAGAAAAAGGCCGCGAGUUUCUGAGAAUGAACCAAUAGACCUCGCUGAACAAAGGCCACGUGCUGAUAAUGCCAAUCCUCGUCGCCUUGAUAAUGUAGGAGAGAGUAGGUCCUCGUCCACUUCGAAGGACAAAAUUGACCAGAUUAGCAACCAAGAAGAGGCCAUUCGAAGAACGACGUGGACGUUGGAGGUGGCUCAAAAGGAACACGAUUUGAAACUAAAGAUACUGAACAUUGAUCUGGAACGCGCCGAAUUGGAGAAACAAACCGCCAUCAACGAACUGAAAACCUCGGAGAUUAAAAGGCAGUUGAUUGAAAACGAAGCUGCUGAAUAUUACGGCCAAGCAAGAAUGUCGGGAGAACGUGGAUCGGGUGCUGGUAAAGGUGGUGGUGGUGGUGGAAGCAUUCGCGAAGCUGGAGGAUCUUUUGGUAAAAUGGAGGCUGCCCACGAAGAUCAGUAUUUUUAUAAUUUGCAAAAGGAGCAAUUCCAGAAGCUUAAGGAAGAUCUACACGACGAGAUCUCCUUCCAUGAGGAACAGAUCAAGCGUCACCAAGAAGCUAUAAACCGUCACAAACAGAGAAUCACGAACAUGACAGAAUGAAAUGCUUACGGUGGCGCGAUAUUCCUAACUUUUAAGAAGUGUAAUGUUGCCCUUUACGAUAUCAUUAUGCAUUGCAGAUAGUAACGAUGGUAGAAUCAUCAUGUCUGUACUUUUCUUCUUCUUUUGUUACAAAAUGUUAAUAUAGAAUAAAAUACAUUGAUUUUAAUACAUCAUAAAAAGAA